AUGGAUGAUACUGACAAAUGCACCAAGUGCCCAGAAUAUCAAUAUCCAAGCCUUGUUUUAAUCAUAUUCCUUAAAUACCUAGAAACUCCCAUUGUCAAAGCCAACAACCGGGACCUCUCCUACAUCCUCCUGGUCUCACUCCUGCUUUGUUUUUUGUCCUCUUUUCUCUUCAUUGGCCAUCCAAGGAAAAUCACCUGUUUUCUCCGACAAAUAGUGUUCAGCAUUGUCUUUUCAGUAGCUGUCUCUUCUGUGUUGGCCAAAACGAUCACAGUAGUGCUGGCAUUCCUAGCUUCAAAACCAGGGAAUAAAGUGAGAAGAUGGUUGGGGAAGAGCUUGGCCAACUCCAUCAUCCUUUCUUGUUCUGCUGUCCAAGUUCUCAUCUGUGCCAUGUGGCUGGGAAUGUUUCCCCCAUUUCCUGACUCUGAUCUGCACUCCCAGCCUGGAGAGAUCAUCCUUCAAUGCAAUGAAGGCUCUGUCACCAUGUUUUAUGUCGUCCUUGGCUACAUGGGUUUCCUUGCUGCCAUUUGCUUCACGGUGGCUUUCCUGUCCAGGAAGCUGCCUGGGGCCUUCAAUGAAGCCAAGCUGAUCACCUUCAGCAUGCUGCACAAUUGUCAAUCAAUAUUUGGCUUAAGCAACUCUUCAAGAAAAGAGACUGGGCUUUAUCAUGGUGUACGUUUGGCAGGUAAUUUGUGA